AUGAAUGCCAUCGUCGUGGAGAGGUAUGGCGGAAUUGAGAAUCUCGUGCACAAGCGAGUGCCAAAGCCUACGGACUUGGGAGACUACGAUGUACUUGUGCAAGUGAAAGCUGCAAGCGUCAACCCGAUCGAUAUGAAAGUAAGGGCUGGAAUCUAUGAUGACUAUGCCGACUACUAUGAUCACGUACCCAAACCCAAGCCGGGCGAAGGCGGCUAUCAGAUCAUAGGGUUCGAUGGAGCCGGCUUGAUCGAACGAGUCGGCCCCAAAGUGGAGAAAUUUUCUCCUGGAGAUGAGGUCUACUACUCGGGCUCACCCAUUCGACAAGGCUCCAAUGCAGAAUAUCAGUCGGUCGACUCUAGAUCUGUUGCAAAGAAGCCUAAGAACCUCGACUUCAUCGAAUCUGCAGCCCUGCCCCUUACUUGGAUCACUGCAUACGAAGCCCUUGUCGAGAGAAUGGAAAUCCAAAAAGGCGAACAAGCUGGACUUCUGAUCAUCAACGGUUCCGGAGGCGUUGGAUCGGUUGCAAGCCAGAUCGCCAGGACAGUCCUCAAUCUGCCAGUGGUUGUUACCACCACAUCGCGACCGGAGACCACCGAGUUUUCGAAGUCAAUGGGAGCUACUCACACUGUAAACCAUCGUGAAGACCUCCCACCACAAAUCGAAAAGUUAGGGCUGAAAGUACCAAUAAAGUACAUCUUCAUCACACACUCUACGACUCCUUACAUCGAGCCAGCAGCCAAGAUCUGUGCUCCAUUUGGCAAAGUCUGCUCGAUUGUACAAGCCCAGGAUAUCCAAAUGUAUGGCACGGAGUUUAUGGCCAAGUCACUGAGUUUUGUCUGGGAGCUAUUGGGUACAAAACCGUGGUAUGGAGUGGAUAUGGACAGCCACGGCAAGAUCCUGGAAGAGCUCAGGCAAUUGGUCGAAGACGGCAAAGUCAAGACCCAUCUGCAGCAAAGUUUUAGACUGAAUUUAAAGGGCCUGAGAAAGGCGCAUGAAGCAAUCGAGAGCGGAGGCUCAAUGGGCAAGAACGGGCUGAGCGUCGAUUUUGGUGAAGGAAGCACUGCCUUUACAUAG